CAUGGUUACCUGUUGCGUCUUUACAGACUUGGACCGACUACUACGCCGGAUCCGGAUACUUGACCGACGUAAAGUCUGAGCCGAUUGAAACGUCUGAAGAUUUGCAAAAUUCUUCGAAAGAUGUGAAAGUGUCUCGGGAGGUUACGGACGUCUCUUCUGAUUUAAACCAUGGAUGUAACGUGAAGGAUGUUUUGGAAGUAACGCAGAAAGUUUCUAGUUGUACUAAAAUCACUGCCAGUAAUAUUACUUUGAUUUGUGAAUCGGACAAUCUAGAUCCGAAAUCUGUUGUCGAAAGUGUUGGAAGGCGUGAUUGUCAAGGGGAACAUGAUCAAGAAAAAUUGAUUGAGAAAACCGGACGGAAAUGUGUUGAUGUUAAAUCGGGAAAUAAUUGUUCGAAAUGCGAGUGUAAAUUUACUAGCGGGCGUUGUUUAAGGAUUCAUAUGUUACAGGUUCACCCUGUGAAGGGAGAUUUGACGAAAAACUAUGUUGGGACUAAAUCGGGGGAUUGGCACUUGGAGAGUUGCGUUGUUGAGGGUGGUCCAAGUAAGAAUAUGGAGGAAUCUGUCGAAAGUAGUCCGGUAAAGAGUUUAAGUGGAAGUAGCCAGACAGAAAACGUGGAAGACAACAGUGAAAGCAGUCAGUGUAAGGAUUUGGUAGAUAACAGUUCAAAUGAAAGUAGUCCGAGUAUAAAGAUUGUUGUGAGAAAAAGUCCCAAGACCUUAUCGAGUGAAUUCAUUUGUGAGGAGUGUAGCGAGACUUUCCCGCGUAAGUGUCUUCUGUCGCGUCACGUUAAGGCGGCGCAUUUCGUUGAGAAACCCCAUCGAUGUGGUUAUUGCGGGAAAAGGUACACCUGCAAGGAAGAGUUGAAAACACAUCAUGUGAUGCACAAUAUGGAAAGUCCGCACCGAUGUGAGCAGUGCGACGCUCGCUUUCCGAAAAAAAGCCAGUUGGUGCGUCAUGUUCGAUCUCAUACCGGAGAACGUCCCUACGUUUGUGAUAUCGAUGAGUGUGAUAAGUCAUUCACAGAUGCCCAUUUACUCACAUUGCAUAAACGUCGCCACGGGAAACUUAGUCCGUUUAUUUGCGAAAGGUGUGGCGCCACCUUUAGGAAUAAUUCUGAUAUUAAACGUCACAUGAUGUCGCAUACGGACGAACGUCGUCAUCAUUGCGAUGCGUGCGGGAAAUGCUUUCGGCGUUUGGAACAUUUGAAAUUACAUCUGAGGAUUCACUCCGGGGAGAAGCCUCAUACAUGCGACACGUGUUCACGUGGGUUUGCUCAGCUCAGCGAUUUAAGAAAGCACGAGAGAACACACACCGGUGAGCGCCCAUACACGUGUGACUGUGGAAAAGCCUUCGCGAGUAAGGCAGCUUAUCAAAGACAUGACGAAUUUCACAAACGUGAUUUGGUAAAGCAAGAGUCUGACUCUGCACAGGUUUUAGAGGUGCCACAAGGGGACGUUACAACUUUAAAAAUGCAAAUCACUUCGCCUUUAAAACUGCAAACUGAGGAAGAAACUCUUGAAAUGCUAGAAACUGACAAAGUAGAAAAUUUGAUCAUUGACGAAUCAGAAAUUCACGACAUCUCUGUCAGUACUGAUACCAACUCGAACACUCCGGACCUUCACCUAGUUCAAAAUAUUCUAUCAACACUGGCACGGGGUGACUUACCGAACCAGCCGCUGACGGUUAUUCCAAGUGAUACGAGUUCUGGUUCACAAGUGGCGGUGCGUAUUGUUGAUAACAACAUCCAAGUCGUACCGCUCUCGGAGAUAAAAUCAGAAGAGGCUGGGACCAGUAGCAUCAUGCAAUUAGAAACAGGAUCAGGGUUCUCACACACGAACAUCCAGGCCGGGGACUAUGAUCAUCUUUUGCUACAGUUGCAGGACGCGGUUACUACAGCAUCAAAUAGUGCUGGUGACCAGGUUGUUCAAGUGCUGCUAGAGCAAGGGGACCAGGUUGAGCAAGAGGCAUCGCAUAUCAAGUAAGCUAAGGUCCAAAUACAGUAAUAAACCUCCAUGUUAAGGACAUCUAUAACAGUGUCUGCUUCUUUUGUCUGAAUCAGAUGACCUGCCCUUUGUCAAGCUCCAGUGCUAUAAAUGCCAAUUCUCUAAUGCAGCAGUCAGUGUAAGCCUUGUACCCCCGCUGGUCAUGCAGUCAACACUUUUCAUUUCCUUCUUGGGCCUGGAUUUCACUUGAAAUCACCAUGGACCUGAAGGCGCGCUUUGAGUCUGCAGUGUCUGUCCUGGGAUGAAAGAUAAUUGUUGUUUCUUUUUUGUCCAUGUCUAGAAGGGUGUUGCUUGAAGGCCCCCUCCUUCUCCAUGUGUUUUUGUGGGCCUGUAUCUGAGGUGUCUUGGCUUCAGGUACCGAUAUGGUCUGAUGACGGGCCAACUAAGGUUUGGCUGCGAGUUUCCAGUCGCCCAAUACUUUUACACUCUUCAUAAAUAUUCUUAUGUUCUGUUUGAAAUUCUAACAGUGGCAGAAAAAAGUGUUCAAAAUUAUUAUUGAGCUGGUAUGUUAACCCUUUCGACAACAUUGCUACGAUUUCAUGACUAUUUGUUUCUAUAAUCAAAUAGUCCUGAUGCUUUUUCACUGAGAAAGUUUAUGUCAAGUUUAUAAAAUGAUUCUGUCUGUUAUCAAACUACCGUUGGUUGUUACAACCUUAAAUUUGUACAUACUGUAAGAGGUGUGUGGUCAUUUCAAACUCGUGUUGUAAUUUGGAAACUAUUACUAUGUUUGAUGAAUUGAAUAAUGUUCUGGUAUUUCUUGUUCUGUACUUUACUGUGGAGUAAUA